ACAAAACACAAAGAACCAUCAAAAGAUGACAUCUUCUUCUCACAAACUCCCAAUCAUCUUUUCUUUCUUUCUCGCUCUCGUCUCCUUCACGACCGUUAAUGGUGAUCUCAUAGACACCGUCUGCGCCAAGACUCUUCGUCCCGCCUCCUGCCAGCAAACCCUACGAUCCGACCCUCGUUCCACGACCGCCGACCUCAAGGGGCUCGGGCUCGUCUCCGUCGACAUUGCCACAAAGCAGGCCAUUUCAGGAAAGGCCCUAGCUCAGGGCCUUCUGAAUGUGAACUUUGACCAGAGAGUGAAGUCAGCGAUCUCCUCCUGCUUGGAAAAGUAUGAUGACUCCGUUUUUUAUCUGGGGCAGUGCUCGGAGUCGUUGAGGUCUGGGAAUUAUGGAGGCUUGAACUUCGAAGCUUCUUCUGCGGGGAAUAGUAUUGGGGCCUGCGAAGAUGGGUUUGCUGAUUUGCCAAAGCCUGAGCCUCGGCAACUCGAAACUGCUAAUUCUAAUUUGCAAGGAGUUUGCGAUAUUGUUUUGGUUAUUAGUAAUCUUCUUUUUAAGGCGAAGAGAUUCAUUAAUUGAUUAAUACUGAUUUGUUGCUUUACUUUCCACUAUAUUAUUAUGUCAAGUUUUUGGGGAGUGGGUGUAGUUUAAGUAGCCGAAAUCAAUAAAUUUUGCAU